GGGCUGAGUGCGGAGGGUGCGGCGGCCCGCGACACACUGACGCCAGGCGAGAGCACAGCGAGUCUGCUUGUAUGAAUGCUGUGAAGGAUCGCGUCGAGGUGGCGCACAAGGUACAUUUGACAACCUGUCCAAACUAAGGAACAAUAAAAGUUUCAGCAAAUACCCCAGUUCAUGUGCAACUGGCUGAUUUUUUUAUUUUUUGAGGAGGCACAGCAGAAAUUACCUGUUCUAGUGAGCUGAAUCUGACGGAGUAACUGAGACUGUGUUGACUGGGCGCACGUGGCGCCACAAUGAAUGUCACCUCACUCUUUUCCUUCACCAGCCCGGCGGUCAAACGACUGCUGGGCUGGAAGCAAGGGGAUGAAGAAGAGAAGUGGGCAGAGAAGGCGGUGGAUGCACUGGUCAAGAAGUUGAAGAAGAAGAAGGGCGCUAUGGAGGAACUAGAGAGGGCACUCAGCUGCCCCGGUCAGCCAAGCAAUUGUGUCACUAUCCCACGCUCACUGGAUGGGAGGCUUCAAGUAUCACACCGAAAGGGGCUUCCUCACGUCAUCUACUGCCGUGUGUGGCGAUGGCCCGACCUGCAAUCGCACCAUGAGCUCAAGGCCCUAGAGUGCUGUGAGUUUCCUUUUGGAUCCAAGCAGAAGGAUGUGUGCAUCAACCCUUACCACUACAAAAGGGUGGACAGUCCAGUGCUGCCACCCGUGCUGGUUCCACGAAACAGCGAGUUCAACGCUAAACUCUCCAUGCUGCCACGCUUCCGUAACCCACUCCACCAGACGGAGCCCCCCAUGCCUCAGAACGCCACCUUCCCCGACUCCUUCCCCCAGCAGCCAGCAAAUGCCCUUCCCUUUACCCCGAACUCCCCAACCAACAGUUAUCCCAGCUCGCCCAACAGCGGCACAGGCAGCACUGCCACCUUUCCACAUUCGCCAUCCAGCUCAGAUCCAGGCAGCCCUUUUCAGAUGCCAGAAACCCCUCCACCUGCGUAUAUGCCUCCAGAGGAGCCAAUGACACAGGACUGUCCCCAGCCAAUGGACACUAACCUAUUAGCUCCAAACUUGCCAUUGGAGAUCAGCAACCGAACAGAUGUUCAUCCUGUGGCCUAUCAGGAACCCAAGCACUGGUGCUCCAUUGUGUACUAUGAGCUGAAUAAUCGUGUGGGUGAAGCCUUUCUGGCCUCAUCCACCAGUGUACUCGUGGAUGGCUUUACUGACCCAUCCAACAACCGCAACCGCUUCUGCCUGGGUCUGCUGUCAAAUGUCAACCGGAACUCAACCAUCGAAAACACCCGGCGUCACAUCGGAAAAGGAGUCCAUUUGUACUAUGUGGGAGGAGAGGUGUAUGCCGAAUGUUUGAGCGACAGCAGUAUCUUUGUCCAGAGCCGCAACUGCAAUUACCACCAUGGUUUCCACCCCACCACCGUAUGCAAGAUCCCCAGUCGCUGCAGCCUCAAGAUCUUCAACAACCAGGAGUUUGCAGAGCUCUUGGCACAGUCAGUCAAUCACGGUUUUGAAGCUGUCUAUGAACUCACCAAGAUGUGCACCAUCCGCAUGAGUUUUGUAAAGGGCUGGGGUGCAGAGUACCAUCGGCAGGAUGUGACCAGCACCCCGUGCUGGAUUGAGAUUCAUCUUCAUGGACCCCUGCAGUGGUUGGAUAAAGUCCUCACCCAGAUGGGAUCUCCUCACAACCCCAUUUCUUCAGUGUCCUAGAUGGAGCUGACCAUAAAGCAACUGCUGAUGCAACCCUGUCAGUCUGGGUUCACAUGUAGAAGCUGAUUGGUUGAAGGGAGGGGUGGGAGAUGACUAGAGGGUUGGCUUUGUGUACUACUUGAAGGCAGUUUGUUAGGGUGGGGGUCAUCGAAUCUGGCUGAAGAGUCCUCAGUUUUCAGCCCGUGAGAAUCUGGAAGAUACUUGACAACUCUGUGUGACCAAGCAUGUUUAAUGAUGAGGCAUCAUACUUGUGGCGAGUAUCCUCCUCUGGUCUUGUUCGUAAGAAGUUUGACUUUUUUAAAGCCAAUUUGUUUGUUUUCUUUCUAUUUCUUUUGCAUUUCCCAUCCUUUUCCCAGUUUACAAUCAGUAUUCCAUUGACAAAAAAAGAUCUGCAUCCUAGCUUAGAGACUAGAACAGUGUUGUACAGAGUAGAGUAGCGUGAACACGUCUGAAAGACCACAACAUAAAUCUUGUGCAGAAUUAUAAUGCUUUAAGUGAACUGAGCGGCAUGAAGCUGUGAGAAGGAUAACGAGGUUAUUAAUGCAACAUUUCUCACAGCUGGAAAGGAGAAAAACAUGUAGCAAAAACAGACAAAAAUGUCUAAUGUAGAAUGAAAAAUGCAUAUAUUUGAAUACGAAAACCGUUGAAUGGGAUAAAUGUAUGGGGAGUUGGGCAUGUAAGUAGUGGGUAGGGAACUCGUGCAAAUGUUGCGCUACUUUCAUCACAGUUGCGUUCGACUGAUUUUAAAAGUGGGUGUGUAAAUGUACUUAUUAUUAGUAAGGAAAGUGUUGUGCAGUCUGUUUUUUUUGUUGUUGUUGGUUGUUUUGCAAGUGUGGUUUGAUCCCCGGGAUUGUAAGUUUGAUGUCUACAAAUGAGAGCAGAAGCAGGCAUCGUUUUCUUUGUCCAUGUACAGUAUUGUGGACUCACCACUGAGCUGCACAGAAGAACGUCCUUGUUACUUUUAUUCUGAAAUGGCACGAAUAUGUUUCAUAAAACACCUUUAGAAAAGCAGGAGGAAAAGCUUACAUAAUGCCUGUGCAUUUUUAGAGUAAACUGAUUUCUUUUGUGUUGACUAAGAUUUAAAUGGCACUAGUGAUAUUGUUUUGUUAAAAGAAAUUGUUAAUUUUUGAUUAACUUCCUCUAAGAUUUUUUUUAUCCAUAGUGAAAUCCCAUCCACUGUUAAAAUGUACACAUUUUUGUAUUUUUUGAAGAAAAUAUAUAAUGUUGUUCCUUCAUAUUUGCACUUUCUUAAGUGGCUUCUCGUCUCUGUCCCUUUUUUUUCGUGCUGUUCUUGCUUACCUGUACUCUCAGAAAGCAGUUUUAUUCCAUAUCAAGUCUCUACUGGAAGAUUCAAUUAAAGUGUUUCAUUAUCAC